AUGGGGAAACAAGAACAAUCCGAACCUCUCAAUCAACCUGACGAUCCUCAUGAGGUAUUGUGAAAAAAACUUGAGACCAAAAGCUGAAAUUUAAUUCAGGAGGGAGGUGAUAAAGGACUUGAAAAGUCGAUGACACUCUUCAACGGUGUUUCCAUCAUCGUUGGUUGCAUUAUUGGAUCGGGAAUUUUCAUCAGUCCUACCGGAAUCCAAGCCCGUGCGUUUUAUCUUUUUCUGAUAAUAUCAACUCUCAUAAAAUCUCAUAGUGUUUGGGUUAUAUUGAGACUUCUUAAGAGAUAAGACGGAAAUAAUAUUUAUGACUAUCUUGAUAACCUGUAUAUUGUUCAGAAGCUGGUUCCGUCGGGCUGUCCCUUAUUGUUUGGGUCCUUUCUGGAUUGUUCGCUGCUAUCGGAGCUUAUUGCUACGCAGAGCUAGGAACUCUCAUUAGAAAAUCUGGUGGUGACUAUGCUUACAUCAUGGAGGCCUUUGGACCGUUCCUUGCCUUUCUGAGAUUGUGGAUUGAGAGCAUUGUUGUGAGGUACAGACAUAACAUCUCGGGCAAUAUAAAUCAACGGAAAUGUUAAUUUCAGACCAUGCACCGCUACCAUCGUCGCCCUCACGUUCGCCAUUUACAUGCUCAAGCCUUUCUACCCGGACUGCGAUGCGCCACCGUUCUCCACCGAACUCAUUGCCGCUCUUUUGCUCAGUAAGAACUGAAAACGAAUAAAUCUGCAGCAAGAAGUCUGAGUUUACAGUUCUUCUCACCGCUGUCAACUGCAUUUCUGUCAAAUGGGCUAACAAAGUUCAGGACAUCUUCUUUGUUGCUAAAGUUGCUGCUCUCAUCUUGAUCAUUUUCACCGGACUGUGGAAUUUAGUUUCUGGUUGGUAUAGGUUAAUUGUGACACUUGAAAAAUGUCAAGUUUAUAGGAAAAGCACAAGCUUGGGACUCGUUUGAGAACAUUUUCGAGAACACCGCCAAAGAUUUCCAAACCGCUUCCCUUGCUUUCUACUCGGGAUUGUUCGCCUAUCAAGGAUGGAAUUACCUCAACUUCAUUGUUGAAGAGCUUCAGAAUCCGAAAAGGUUAGAUUUUGAUACAUUUCGAUUUUAACUGCAUAACUAUAUAUAUAUAUAUAUAUCAUUCUUUCAGAAACCUUCCACUUUCCAUUGCCAUUUCGUGCUCAUUGUGCACUAUCAUCUACACUCUCACAAACAUCGCCCUUUACACCUCCAUCAGUCCCGAUGAGAUGCUUGCGAGCCCGGCUGUGGCUGUGGUAAGCAAGAACACGGAACCAGAUGCGCAAGUAUUAUCCAUUUCCAGUUGUUCGCCGAAAAAAACUACGGAUACUUUGCCUUUUGCAUGCCCAUUUUCGUCGCCUGCUCCACCAUCGGAUCUGCCAACGGAGUCAUUUUGACCAGUUCCAGGUGAGGAUGAAGUUCUUAAAUUUAAUCCACAAGUUCGACAAAAAUGCAGACUUUUCUACUGCGGAGCUCGUGAAGGACAGAUGCCAAAUGUUCUCACGAUGGUCAACAAGCAGACGAAAACUCCAAUUCCAGCCGUCAUCCUGACUGUGAGUGAUCUAAUAGAAGAUUCGAGAAUGAAAUGUUUUUCAGGGUCUGCUGUCUCUGUUCUACUUGCUGCUGUCCAACAACAUUUAUUCGCUCAUCAACUACAUCCAAGUCAGCUAUUGGAUUGCCAUCGGAGGAGCCAUCCUCGCGCUUUUCUACUUCAGAAAGACAAUGCCGGAUGCUCCGAGAGCCGUCAAGGUAGAGUUAUCGUUAGUGUUAGUGCACACUUAUAGAAGUUUAUAUUCCAGGCGCCCACCAUCUUCCCAAUCAUUUUCUUCAUUGGAUGUGUGCUCCUGGUCCUGGUGCCUGUGCUCGGAAACCCGAAGGACACGGCAAUCGGAAUUCUGAUAAUGCUGUCUGGAGUUCCAGUUUACCUCGUCUUCAUUGCCUGGAAAAACAAACCAAAGUUCAUCGAUUCCCUCACAGGUACCAAUCGAUCAAGAUAAGUUUUUACAGAAAACUUUCAGAUUCCGUUACGAUACUCACCCAAAAAUUGUUCAUGGUCGUCGACGCGAACAAGGAAGACUAG